AAACAUGCCGGAACGGCAGCGCGCCUACAAGAGUAUAUAAAACUGUUUACUGCGCAUCCCUUAGUCCGUAUUCUGCGCAAGUCGUACAUACUUUUUGACAACAGUUAAAGGGACGCAGUUAGCAGUCUAGUGUAUUAUAUAGAAGUCUGUGGUUAAGUAACGUGAGUGAGAUCGCGAAGCAACCGGGUAGAAGAAAUUACAUGAUGAUGAACAACAUCAGUUCACGCUUAUAUGUGUGGUGCACGGUUAUGAUUAUAAAUGACAAUGCUAGAACUAAGUGCAUCAGUAAUGAUAAUGUAUUGUGAUCUUAGUAGUUCUUAUUCGAUAAAGUCGUCGUCAUCGUCGCCGUCGCCGUCGCCGUCGCCGUCGCCGUCGUCGCCGUCGCCGUCGUCGUCGUCGCGACCGUCGCCGUCGUCGCGACCGUCGUCGCGAUCCUCGUCGCCGUCGUCCUCGCUGCUGCUGUUGUGGUUAUUGUCGUCGUUAUCAUCAUCGUCAUUUUUGUCGCCGUUGUGAUUGUUGUCAUCGUCGUCGUCACCGUCGCCGUCGCCGACAUCGUUGACGUUGUGUCCAUCACCGUCGUUGUCGCCGUUGUCGUCGCGGUCGCCGACGUUGCUAUUGUCAUUAUCAUCGAACACACAUUGUUAUUGGUCUUGGUAUUUGAUUACACCGGUAUCUCAGCACGGUGUACCGUGGAAUGGCAGCGACCAUAAAGAAAAAUCACUCACGCAGAAGAUUGGCCGCUCUCACAUUCUUGUCUAACAUCUCCCUUGACGGCAGUCACCGUGACACUAAGUUCGCCGUUCUGUCACGAAAUGAAUCGACACACGCACGUGUAUUUAGCGAUGGCCAGUCAGAUCAACAAACAAUACUCAAUAUGUGUCAGAGCUCUGACUUUGAGGUCUCUAUGGAGGAAGUUCUAGAUGAUUGUCUAGAAGAGAUUUGCAAUUUUCCACAGAAUGAAGAGACAGUACAGACUAAUUCUCCGCAACUAAUACACAAGAGCACGGACCAUAACUCCAUUAGCUCUGAUUCAGAUAGUGUACUUACUCCUGCGAAAGCAGCAGUUGCCAUGUUUUUGGAACAGGAGAGAAAUCAUCUGCAAUUCUCCUUUGGAAUGCAUAGCUCAUUUAGAGAACGAACGGGAACUACCGGAAGCGACUAUUCUUUACCAGAAAGACGUGUGGGUUCUUUACAAUAUAAGAAGCGUAUAAGUCAUCAAACCUCUACGUUAUCAGAAGAUAUUAAGCAUCAGUAUAAUAGUAGCAGCGAAAGCAUCGGCUCCGUACAUUCAAAGGCACAAUCGUUAAAACCAAAGACAAAGGCAGUGAUUAAUGUGCAAACUGUUUCUACAAAUAGUAGUAUAAUACCAGAAGUUACAAAGGAAUUACGUUUGAUACAACGGCCUGUAGAUGGCUAUAAAUUUGGAGACGAUAGAAUGGUUUUGGUAUCAAACCAUCAUGUGCCAUUUGUAGUAUUUUCUGCUAUACCAUAUAACAAAGGACAACGUACUAGUUGGUCAGAAUUGCGUAAAGAUACAGGUCGAAGAAAAAACGUUUCGUCUCAAAGACCACUAUCCUCGAUUAACGACAAUGUUGAUUCAUUUGGAUCAUUGGGCAUAGAAUACGCGAAAGAUGGCCAGGAAAUAUCUUAUGGACAAUUGCUUGUACCAUCGAGACAAUUCCAAAGGGAUAAAAAAUUUAACCCAAAUGAGAAUGAAGCUAUGGAACUUAUGCACUUCAUACCUAAUAAACAUCACAUAGUGCAAAGGACAAAAACAAUUACUUGGAAUGUGGAUCACAAAAAAUGGUGUCUUUCAUAUGAUACAGCUACAAAUCGUGCGCAUUACAUAACAUCUGAGUCUCCACCAUUAUCGUUUAGUGCUGAUUCUAAAGUUUAUGAUUGGGACGAACAAUCUGCCCAAUACAAUCCAAAUUUACUGGACGAUCCAGAACUUAUUGCUGGGAAACAUAGGACAUUACUUACAUUUACCUCGUACAUGGCGUCUGUUAUUGAUUAUGUAAGACCUUCCGAUCUGAAGAAAGAAUUGAAUGAUAAAUUUAAAGAGAAAUUUCCACAUAUUCAACUUACUCUCAGUAAACUUCGAAGCUUAAAACGGGAAAUGAGAAAAAUAGCUAGAUUGGAAUAUGGCAUUGAUUUACUUACCGUUGCAAUGGCCUAUGUGUAUUUUGAAAAGCUCAUUCUCCGAAAUAUUGUGACAAAACAAACACGGAAGUUAUGCGCUGGUGCUUGUUUACUUCUCGCAGCAAAAUUUAAUGAUGCAAGACGUGAUAUUCUUAAGUCGCUCAUUGAGAGAAUUGAAGGCGUAUUCCGCUUAAAUCGCAAAGAUUUAUUUACAUCUGAAUUUGCUGUGCUGGUAGCUCUAGAAUUUGGUCUGCAUCUACCAACUUGGGAAAUAUUUCCUCAUUAUCAACGAUUGAUUUAUGAAUCCUGACAUUCUUUUAUAUCAAUCUCCACAUGCAGUGUCAAAACUUCUUUACGAGGCAACUUCGAAAAAGUAGCAAAGCAUAUCCACAAUGAAUAAUCUUAGUAUUUGGAAUCCAUAUCGACGAGCUUCAAAAAAUCACACUGUACAUAUAAAAUAUUCCUUCGUUCUACUAUCUCGAUUCAUUUCAGCCAUGUAUGCUGAGGUUUUAACAUAAAAACUAAAAUAUAAUUGUAAUUGAAAGUCAUAGUUAUGAGGUUAUAUUUUAUAUUACAAACUUUUUUCUGUAAGUUACCAAUAUAGUAGUCAAUUCUGUAGUAGUAUAUUCUGAAAACUAUUUUAUUUGAACAAGUUUUUAACUGCUUAUU